GCUUUCGCUCCUGUGGCUGUGUGGGGUGUUCGUGUCAGUGAUCUGCAGAGCGUCGCUUUGUAUUAAAACUUGUAUAAAACGUUUUCGUUAAUAUUCUUUUUGUUUAUAGUUUUUGAUAAGGAGAAAUCAUGCUUAUAAACUACUAAUUAAGUCGAAUGAUUACAAAGUGUUAGUAUUCUGCAUUUAAAAUGGUGCAAAACUAUCAGUCUCCUGUGAGGGUCUACAAGUACCCUUUUGAACUUGUUAUGAAGGCUUAUGAGAGGAGAUUUCCCACAUGCAAGUUGAUCCCCGUUGUGCUGGCGUGUGACAUCACGUCUGACACAACAUCAGCUGAUGGGGCAGUGAGAGUUACCGAGCGUCGGUGCAAACUCAAUGUUGAUGCACCAUUCCUCAUCAAAAAGAUAAUCGGUGUGGACCACGUGUUCUUCAUCCAGAAGAAUGUAUUGAAUCUGAGAACGAGAACAUUAGAAAUUGAAGCCUACAACGAGAGUUUCUCCAACCGGGUCGUGGUGCUGGAGAAAUGUCGCUAUUUCGUACACCCAGAAAACUCGGAGUGGACCUGUUUUGAACAGAAUGCCAGUGUUGACAUCAAUUUCUUCUUCGGAUUUGAGAGUAGCAUUGAGAAACUGGCAAUGAAGCAGUACGGCGACAACAUCGCCAAGGGGAAGGAGAUCAUCGAACACUUCAUGGAUGAGUUGAGAACGGAAGGGAUCACUUCAGUGCCUCGUUGGGUACGGCCGGCUCACCUCCCUCCGGAAUCACCCACGGGCAGCAGACCCAACGGCGCUGUCGCAGACUCCUCUAGUCCUACUCAAGCAAUAAAUGGCUCCCAUUCAGAAAAUGUGAUGUCCAAUGGCAGUGGGGAUGUGUCGUCUGCUGUAGAAUCCAUGUCUCUGUGUUCCAAGCCAAACCGAAGGAACUCUGGACAACAAAGUUCAGUAGAAUGCCAGUACCAGCUGGACACAGACUACAUACAGAGGUACCUGGGCGAGCUCACCCCCAUGCAGGAGUCUCGGCUCAUCCUGCUCCGCAAGUGGGUCUCCCAGCUCCAGAAAGGAAAGGUGCCGAGUGAUACGAUGCUGCUGAGAUUCCUGCGUGCGCGCGACUUCAACGUAGAGAAGGCACGCGGGAUGCUGUCAGAAUCACUGACGUGGCGCAAGAAACAUGCGGUGGAUCGUAUCAUCGCAGAGUACCAGGUGCCGCAGGUGGUAACCGACUACUUUCCUGGAGGCUGGCACCACUCGGACAAAGAGGGCCAACCACUCUAUCUCUUACGCCUUGGCCAAAUGGAUGUCAAAGGUUUGUUGAAAACAAUCGGAGAAGACGGCUUACUCAAGUUGACACUACACGUGUGUGAGGAGGGCCUGCGGCUGACGGAUGAAGCCACCCGCACCUGUGGACACCCCAUCUCCACCUGGUGUCUGUUGGUAGACCUGGAGGGACUCAACAUGCGACAUCUCUGGCGGCCGGGUAUCAGGGCUUUGCUGCGAAUAAUAGAAAUUGUGGAAGCUAACUACCCUGAGACUUUAGGGCGAGUUCUGAUCAUCCGAGCCCCGAGGGUCUUCCCAAUUCUGUGGACCCUUGUCAGUACAUUUAUCGAUGACACAACUCGCAGUAAGUUCCUGUUCUACGGAGGUAAUGAUUACCAGGGCCAAGGCGGUAUCUCACACUACAUCCCUGACGAGUACAUCCCCGACUUCCUGGGCGGCCAGUGCAAGACAAAGGUGCUGGAGGGAGGGCUGGUACCCAAGGGUCUGUACCUGACUGAGGGAGAGUUGGAGAGAGAAGGUGGACACAUGACAGAUGACACCAUUUACCACUCUGUUAGUCUCAGCAAAGGGCAGGUGCACGAGGUGCUGGUGACUGUGGAGGACUCUGGCUGUGUCAUCACUUGGGACUUUGAUGUGAUGAGGCAGGAUGUGAUGUUCACAGUACUGCGUACAGACAAACUACUGUCCAAGGAUCUCAGCCCAGGCAGUCAAGAUGGGGAGCACAGGUCCGUGGUGGACAAAGGAUGGGUCGAGGGCCAGGACUACCACCGGGUGGAACAGCCGCUCACGUGUCACGACGGGGAGAGUAUCCAGGGGUCACACGUGACGUGCGAGACCGGGACCUACGUGCUGCAGUGGCGGUUCAGUGGUCCCCACCUCGAUCUACUGGACUCUAUCACCAGCAGUCACCGAGCCCAGGUCAUGUACUACUACGAGGUGCUCAGCUCCGCCGACUACAAAGGAUCCUUGUCCAGUCUACAAUCGGGCAAUAGCCUGAGCAAUUCCUGUCCCUCGAGAUGAUGGUUUGAAGAGUUUGGAGACUCGGCAACGCCCCCCACCCCGUGAAUCUCUUGACAAUCGUCUACGGACGGUGCUUUAUUGGCUGCAUUGCGUCAUGAGGAACAUAACCUAUAUAGAUGUAAAUAAUUUUAUCACUAAAUACCUAAGUAAGAAGGCUCAAGCGUCAGCACAGAACACAUCGAAUGUUCUAAACAUAGCGUCCUCGAGGGAAUUAUUUAUUAUGUUAAACUUGUUCAUGUUGAAAUUUUAUAUGUAGAAUUUUAAGGAAUAAAAUUAUUAAAUGUUAUUACUAAAGUGUAGGAAUCAAUCUAUAACGGUUUAGCUAGUAAGAGUUAGUAUGAAUUUGUGUAUUUAGCGAUAUUCAGCGAUAUUUAAGUAAAGCAUAAAAACGUUAAUUAAUCGUUUACUAGCUUUUAACGUUCCCAAAUUUGCCUGUUCACUUUUCUAUGUACAGUACAAAUUUUAUCGAUAGUUCUAAUUUUUUACAGUUUACUUGUAUCUAUUUUAGGUGAUAAAAGUAGUGCUUUUAUAUCGAUUAACGGCCACUCUAUGUAAUGUUUUACGAGACAAUUAGUAAAAGAUUUUGUUACCCGAUUGAAACUAAUAAUAGGAUGUUUAAUAGUUGUAAGAGUUUUAUAAAGAGUAUAGUAAAGAUUAUUUUAUACCUGUAUGAAAUAUUACAUAUCUAUUGUUGUUUUCACUGAGUCAUGAAAGUGGGUAUUUUUAUUGCAGUAGGCUUUAAAUUAUGUUUAUUUAUUCAUAAGAAGAAGAAGCAUAACUGAGUUUUUAACCGUACAUUCCUGUGAAAAUAUACGUAGUGCAGUUUAUAUUUACAAUUUCAUUGCAACCUAUUUUAUAAGUCAAAGUAAAUACAAAAUAUGAAUUCUUUGUAAUUUUCCUAAUUUUAGUCGGGCGUGCAGCUUUCCGUAACAGUUUGAAGUGGAUUAAUUUUUCAAUGUUAACAGGUCAUAUUUAUUUAUUGUCAUUGACCCAAUAUACUUUGGAUAGCCAAAGUUACACAUUGUAUAAUAUUAUCUUCAAGCAUUUGAACAUAACAUAAUUUUAUUCAAAUACAAUAAUUGUUUAUUUAUAACUUACUUGGAUCAAUGAUGAUUAAAAUGCAGAGCCUUGAAUUUAAUUUUGGAUUAAUUAAUUAGCUUUAAAAUAUACCAGUAUUUUUUUUAUAAUUGUUCGUUUAAAUAAAUUUAUUUCCAAGCUGUCGCAAUGUGCUCAUUGUUAUGUAUUAACACUUUGGGUGCUGGCUUAGAAAUACAUGGCUGCUUAUAAAAUUAUGGCUGCUGAAAGAGAUUUUUUAAAAUAAUUUAAAAACUAAAUUUGAAAAUAAUUAAAUAAUUACAUUUCUACAAUUACCUCACUUUCUAGUGGCAAAAAAAUUAUGAAUUGUAUUAAAUUUUAAGUACAAAAAAGUAAGUACCUGUUUUUUUUUUUAAAAAAAGGAUUUUUUCAAACAGAUUUAUUAUCAAGGAGUAUAGAAGUAUUAACAACAGUUUAAGACAUUCCAUGACAUAUAACAAAGAAAUUCAUUAUGUUUUACCAAAUAGUUUAUGUAAUUUUUAUGAUUACUUAUAUUUUCGGCUGAGUUGACUAAAUUACAAUAAAAGCCAAAACCCGCUAAACUGUGAAUAAGUGGAAGUAACUUGGAUUGUGCAUUUCAGCUGUAAAUUGUUUUACUCAAAUAAUAGAAAAAAGAGCCAAUGCUUUGGUCUUCAUUAUUCAGCAGUUUAACCGUCUAAAAAUACAAGAGGUAAAAUGAAAUCAAGCUAUUAUAAAGGGAUUUGCAAAGAUCAAGGAAAGCGAGUCUAUUUUAAGAAGUACAAGUCACACUCCCUAGCUUUUAUUUUUAUUUGUUAGAUUUGAAAAUGGGCUUCUGAAAUAUUUAUCUUUUUGUUGAAAAAAUGUAUAAAUGCCUAUAUUUGUGUUA